CUCUCCUCAUGCACCACGGAGAAACUAGAGAAUGCAACAGAAACACUCUCUAGAGAAACGCCUACCCCUGUCGAAAUGAUAUCAGAUGAUAGGCAGACGACAUAUGAGACAUCACAUGGCCCCGAGCACACAUCCCUUCUCCACCCCGCGCGAGGGAGCUGCACUUUACGACCCCAGCAUGCAUAUCAUUGCGACGUGUGGGAAGAGGACAAGCUGAGGAUCAUCGAUUUGCAGGAGCACAGCCGGCUCGAAAUGAGGCAUUUCCUGGUAUGCGGGUGAUUGUCUGUCAACUGCCGGGUCCAGGGUCAGCCACCUUGUCUUUUUUCUUUUUUUUUUUUCUGGGUUACGGAGGUAAAUGCACCCAUUCCAUACCCCAGACCAAGUUCAUGCUCAGCAUGAUUCGGCCGUUUCACGAUCCCACGCCGAAUACGAACCUUAACUCAAUUCAACUAGUGAGAAUCAUGAUUGAAAAAUGCAUAGGUCACUAAUUGUUUUCUUUUUCUUACUCCUUUUGUCCCUUGGCAUUCGUCGCACCGCUCCUGUCUGUAUGUGGCGUUGCCUCUGUUUGGAUGGACAAGGGUUCUCUACCUAUCUCUAGGGUGAUGACUUGGAUCGUAUACAAAUACAUGCAAACAGGGAAUUGGUAUCCUCAUGCAAGGGCAGGCGUUCUCUUUUUAUUCAUUGGAGGAAACUGGUCACCUUGAAGAAAUACGGUUUGAGUAACGCUGCUUCGUAUAGGACAUUCGCCAGUGACACCCUUAUUGCUUGCAUGUGAAUAAACUACAGUGGCUGCGUGUAAGAAUUGGGGAGAGGGACUCUACACUCUGAGGUCGCAACUUGGGGAUUUAAUUGUCAGCUGUCAGCAUCUAUAUACAAAUGAAGCUAAGAGGGAAAGACAGAAA